UGGUUGUGAGGAUUUAAUAUUGAGCAGAAUUAACCCGUGGAAAGCAUAUGGCUUUGCUGAGGUGCCCUUAAGCAAGACGCACGCAUCUUCUCGCUCUUCACCUGACCCUUCCCCGGGGACGUUCCUGAAAGCAGAGCAAGGAACAUUUUCCCUGAGGUGGAGCAGUGAUGUAUAACGGCCUGCUUUGAUGCUGGUACCCCUCCUCUCUCAUCAUCAUCAUCGCCGCAGCCUUCAUCCAGCGCCGGGAACAGCGGUGCCUAUACGUUGCGCUCACAUCCUGACUGUCAUUUUGGUCCAAACCACCCACCCAACCGAGAGUGAUCCACACACAGAGAUCAUUGUGCGUGUUGAGGAGGCUCCGGCCAGAGAGAGAGACAGAGAGAGAGAGAGAGAGAGAGACAGACAGAGAGAGAGAGACAGACAGAGAGAGAGAGAGAGAGAUCCUCCUUGGCACACUCCUCCAGCAGUGUGGCAGUGAGGUUUUGACUGACUGAAGGGGGGAUUCUGGAGGAAACACACCGGGAAAGGGACGACACACUCUCUCCUCAUUUUUUUUUCUGUUUUCACACCUUCCUUCCUCGCUGUCUCGUCUGUCACCGCCGAUGGUUUUCUAGCUGCGCCGCCUUGUCUCCACCUCAUCAUCGGAUUUUUCUGCUUUAUUUCUUCCUCCCCUUGGUUGGCUGAGACCGGAGGGGGGCUUCAUCCCAGCCACCCUGGGCCGGGCCGCGGGGCUUGUUCAGCGAGCCUUACAGCUGAAGUUGGCACCCUGAGAUGAACGCCUUGAGACCCGGGAGCGGGGCUCUCUCCUCGCCGGGGAGAGGCUCUGGGUCGUGGCGGUGCUGGUGGUGGUGGUGGGGGGUUGUGGUGGUCGGGGUGGCGGUGGGCUCGGGGGAUCCGUGGCUGUCCGCGGAGGCAUGCCCCUCGCCGUGCUCCUGCAGCAGCUCCAGGAUCUCUUGCGUGGACCCGGAGAGGGGCAUCAACACCUUCCCGGUCCUGCAGAGCGACGCGGAGAUGGAGAACAUCACCGAAAUUUACAUCGCAAACCAGAGCAGCUUCUCCUCCAUCAACGACAAAGACCUGUACUACUACAAGAAUCUCAGGAACCUAACGGUGACCAACAGCAAGUUAACAUAUGUUUCAAAGCUGGCCUUUCAGAACAACAUCAAGUUACAGUACCUGAAUCUGAAAGAUAACAACCUGUCAUCCCUGUCCUGGAGGAUAUUCAAACACAUCAACAUCUCUUAUCUGAUCCUGUCAGGGAACCCGUUGCACUGCUCCUGUGAGAACAUGUGGAUCAAGCUGUGGUUAGGAGAGGAAGCAGACACUCAGGAGCUGCGCUGCAUUGAGGAUGGAGGAGCACGCAAGCUGCUGUCCAGACUGACAUUACCUAACUGUGAGGUUCCCAUGGCAACGUUGAGCCCAUCCAAAGUGACGGUAAUGGAGGGGGAGAAUGUGCAGCUGUCCUGCAUGACCUCCGGCGUACCCUCACCUGAGCUGAUCUGGAACAUGGUGCUAGUCAGCUACUAUGAGAUCGAGACGUCAGGCCAGAUUUCAGUGCUGCGACUGUCCAACCUGUCGUCACUGGAUCACAACAGCAAGAUCAGCUGCACAGCUGAAAACAUCGUAGGAGAGAAGGAGUCCUCUCUGCUGCUGGAUAUACUUUUUCCUCCCAAAAUCACGAAGCUGAGUGAUGCGAUCCCAGACCACAACUGGUGCAUCCCUUUUAGUGUUGCAGGAAACCCAGAGCCACAGUUACAGUGGUUUCUGGAUGACGAAGCUGUGACGGAGGGGCGCUACAUCAUGACCAUGAUCCAUGACAGAACAGAGAGAGAGUACCACGGCUGUCUUGAGCUCGACAACCCCACACACCUCAACAACGGGCGAUACACACUGGUGGCUCAAAACGUAUACGGGUCGGACCACAAGGAAGUGGAGGCUCACUUUAUGAGAAAACCCUGGGACGGAUCUGAAAAGGAGCCUUACUAUUACGAUGUAACCACAGAUACCCCCCCUGUGGACCCACCUGAGGACCGAGUCGCUGUGUACGUGGUUGUAGGCAUCGCCGCUGUAGCCUUCACUGGUUUCCUUCUAAUGUUGGUUAUUCUCAAGUUUGGAGGAAACUCCAAGUUCGGCAUCAAAGGACCCUCUUCGGUGAUCAGCAACGAUGAUGAUUCGGCCUCUCCUCUUCACCACGUCUCCAACGGAAGCAACACUCCUUCCUCCUCAGAGAUGGGACCUGAUGCAGUAAUCAUUGGCAUGACCAAGAUACCAGUGAUAGAAAACCCACAGUACUUCAGGAGCACCAACAGCCUGCUCAAGACAGACACAUUCGUCCAGCAUAUUAAGAGACACAACAUUGUGCUGAAGAGAGAGCUGGGAGAAGGCGCCUUUGGCAAAGUUUUCUUGGCUGAGUGUUACAACCUCUCACCUGACCAGGAGAAGAUACUGGUGGCUGUCAAGACACUUAAAGAGGCCAGUGAAAAUGCCAGGAAGGAUUUCCACCGUGAGGCCGAGCUGCUGACCAACCUUCAGCAUGAACACAUUGUCACUUUCUAUGGAGUCUGUGUGGAGAGCGACCCUCUCAUCAUGGUGUUUGAGUACAUGAAACAUGGAGAUCUCAACAAGUUCCUCAGGGCUCACGGUCCGGAUGCAGUUCUGAUGGCAGAAGGCCAAACAACCAGACCUGUGGAGCUGACUCAGUCUCAGAUGCUGCACAUCGCCCAGCAGAUAGCAUCUGGCAUGGUCUACCUGGCGUCACAGCAUUUUGUGCACCGCGACCUUGCCACCAGGAACUGCCUGGUGGGUGAGAACCUGCUGGUAAAGAUCGGAGACUUUGGCAUGUCCAGAGACGUCUACAGCACUGACUACUACAGGGUAGGUGUCGGAGGUCACACCAUGCUGCCCAUCCGCUGGAUGCCCCCUGAAAGCAUCAUGUACAGGAAAUUCACAACAGAAAGUGAUGUUUGGAGUCUAGGAGUUGUUCUCUGGGAGAUCUUCACCUACGGAAAACAGCCUUGGUACCAGCUCUCCAAUAAUGAGGUGAUAGAGUGUAUAACCCAGGGCAGGGUGCUGCAGCGCCCCAGGACCUGUCCUAAAGAAGUAUAUGACCUGAUGCUGGGCUGCUGGCAGAGAGAGCCGCACAUGAGACUCAACAUUAAAGAAAUCCACGGUUUGCUCCUCAAUCUGGCCAAGGCCUCACCUGUAUACCUGGAUAUACUGGGCUGAACGCAGGAUGAAGACGGAGGGUUUUGGAUGUGAGUGUGUGUGAUGUGUGUGUGCAUUUAGGUGGGGAUGGUUACCGUAUUUAAGGGUGUAUGUGCAUUUAGGGUUGCAUGCAUGUGUGUGUAUGUGUGUGUGAGCCAGGUUCGGACAUUACGGCACCUCUGACUCAAGUGCGCAAUGUUCCUGCAAGUGUGUGAGUGGAAGGCGCCGCUGUACAGGAUGUGAAGCUACUAUUAAACUCUUAAAGGCAAUCAAAAAAUUCCUCAACUCAUCCCCAAUCGCCUCUUUCCUCCCUGCCAAUUUCCUCUCCUUUGUGCGUUCUCGACUCUUUCCUUCCUUCCUUACAGAAGAGACAUUUACUAAGAGUAAUUUAACUUUGGAGGAAGAGAAAAAAAGAUUUUCACUUCUUUUCAAAUGCUUUAAAACUGACUGGGGCUAAAUUUGAUAAAAACCUGAUUAACAGGACUUUAAAUUAUGAGACUCAUCCCUUGCUGCCUGUCGGACAACAGGACUUCGUUUGAACAUCCAGAAAUUUCAAGGACCACAGCGAAGAAAAGGGAAGAUUUCCGGCAAAGCUUCGAUCCUUUUUGCGUGUAAAUAUGAGACUGGUGAGACAUUUCAGAGGAAAUGGCUCCGUGAGGUGUUGAGCCAUAAAGACACUGUGUUUUCCCUGCCUCUCGCCCUGUCCGUUUAUCUGUCCGUCUGUCUUUUCGUACCUCUCUCAGAACUGUACGCGCGUAUUAAUGUCAGCAUUCAUCAACAAGGCUACACAGGCGAUGAUGAACACAUCAGUACACAUACAGCAAAUUGAGGGCAAAACGACCAACACAGGAGGAAAAGUAAAUGCAAUGUUCUUUCCUUCCUGUCAAAGAAAAUUAGGAGGUGCGAUGAAAAGACAAUUUCUGGUUGCUGAUACAAAAACCCAUCAGUAAGAGUACAGUGUUAACUGAGGUUUAACUGAACAAGAGAGCCGAGGUAUUCUACUAGCAAUUGUGAGUGCUGAACACCAGAAACUGUAAAAUAGAUCUAUCAUCUAUCCAGCGCUUAACCUACAAUAUUAGCUCAUGCAACAGACUGGUUCAUGAUUUUACAGAUAUGCACAUUCAAACUGCAUUUCACCAUUGUUUUCUGUAUUACUUUACUCAGGCCUGGUCUGCACGGUCAUACAGCACAGCGUAACAUGAUGACCACUCCACCACCACCACCACCAACCCCCUAAAGUGACAGAUGCUUCACUUGUGAUGUCAAAGCGCUUCGUGUCGGAGGUCAAUCGAUUCAUUUGUCCACAGCUGUCCAACAAUCGCGAGAUCGUGGCGUUGAGUUUAGGCACCGGGGGGAGGGGGGUGUAGAGGUUGCUUAGGGAGGCUGGUUCUUUUGAGUGGUCAGAUCACGGUCAGAUGUGUGGGUGGCGGCGCGCUAGAAGGUGUGGUUCAUUUGGUCAACCCAUAUUAAAUCAUCAAGGCUCUCAGCACUCAGACAUCCUUGAAAACCACAUCUGCACUGGAGGGGAUGCACACGAGAACACACGCAUGCACUGUAUACCUUAUCCUGUCAUCCGUCCAUCUCCACACACACACACACACACACUGGAAGACACUCAAAACGGGCCCGAGAAGGAAAUUGAAUUGUGCAUGUUUUAUUAUUUGAGCGGUGCAGUGCUUUAGCCAGGCCCCGUCCUCUGUAAUGGUGUAAUGUAUAUUUCAUUACAGCCUAAUGGGCUCCAUUAGCACAGUCUCCUCACAGACAUUCAAGACUUAUUGUUUUAUGGCCGAGAAGGAAGGAUGGAGAGCAUAGGAGAGGUGAAGGAGAAGAAAACAGAAAGAGAGGGGCCUGGAAUGAGGAGCAGUGGAGAGGAGAAAUAAGAGGAGAGGUAAUAAUGCAUACUGGGGAGAAAUGGAGAGAAAGGGAGAGAGUUCAGAACGGAAGCAAUGGGGUAGAAAGGAGAAGGCGAUGGGAAUGUGAAGGUACGAGUGGGUCAUAUGGAGAAAGAUGAAGGAGAAGGAGAAGAUAGUGGAGUGAAAGGGGGGAGGAGAGGGAGGGAGAGGGAGGGGAGGGAGGUGUGAAUGUCCUCAGGGAGAAAGUGAGAGCGAACAUCCAUCAUUACUGCGGCCUGCAGAUGUUCUGUAAGCCACAACUUCAACUCCACACUCCCAUCACAUUCCUAUGGCUGCCCUCAACCACACACACACACACACACAUACACACAUACACACUGAGACACGCACACACUCGCUCUCCUCAUACAUUUUCCUGGCAAUCCACCAACAGCUUACACUGAAAAUAAACUCAAUAAUGUGCCACACAUCCCCAUUAUUGAGAACCACUUCACUCACUUACAGUACAGCUCACACAUCCGAAUGCUCACAGACACACUGUAUAUAUACGGCUCACAUGCAUGCAAGGAAACCCAUUUAGCGUUUGUUUUUUUGCAUUUUACUGGGGCAUAUUUUACUCUUUCUGGAAGUAUUAAAAAAAAGAAGUCAUACUCACUGCGGUUUCACUAACAGCCAUUUUAAUUAGAUGUAAAACAUCAACCUGGAAUUUUGAAGUCUCGUUUGUUUUAUUAACAACAGCACUUGAUGGUAUUGAUGUUUGUGAAUUUUGAAAAUGUUGAUUUGAUUGAUUUAUAUUAUUAUUAUUAUUAUUAUUAUUAUUAUUUAUAAAUUAAGAAGCAUUUUUGUACAUUUCUUUCUAUAUCUAAGGUUGCCUUUUGCAACAACCAACUGACUGAAAUCGAACACUGGUUUAGUUGAUUAUGUUUUAGCAAAUGUAUAAGAUAAUCUUGAGUGUAUAUAUAUUUUUAUGUCAGGCUCCCUCUUAACAGCGACCGAGCCUGUCCUCAUGUACAGCCUGCUCUACAACAGGGAUGGACGCUUCACCGGUCUGUCACAUUUGUAGGUUCAGUCUGACAUACUGUGAAAUUAUUGUCACCUGCCAGAGCACACAUGUGAAGGGUUAAUGGCUGCGACGUUAACAGUCAAGGCCAACGAGGUCCUCAAAAUCCAUCCCUGCUGUACAGUCAAGUAGAGUUUGCACUGAGUGAGCGCACUCAACACGAUUGAAAAAAACUUGCCACACAAUAUCUCUGUGCAAUAACAGAGGGUAGGGCGUGAGGGGGCCCGUGUGUGAGCUGGAAAAAACUGUGAGAAACAAAACGCAGCGCAGACAAACGCCUCUGAUGUCAAAAAGAGUAGCGUUGCACGGAAGCAAACAUCUCAGCUGGCUGUGCUGCUCGUUGUGCGUACCUGCUGUGUUUUCCUUUUUUAAAAAAUAAUGAACUGUGUCAAGGUGGACGGCGGUAAAGCUGCUGUUGUUGCAUUUGCAGUAGGAGGCUGUGAGAGGGAUGUCUGGUGUGGUGAAAAUUGAUCAGCACAGAUCGUCCGUCUUCGCAACGAUGCCUCAGAUCAAAGAUUUUAGUCAAACAAAGAAAAAAAAACAACAGAGGAAAAACAACUGCUGUAUGAACGGACACCUCAGACAAGGAGGGACUGACAAUCACAGACUUCUCUCUUUCUCUCUCUUAUUCAAGUGACCUACUGUAAAAUAGACUAUUCAACCAACGUUCCUCUUCUAUGCUGCCUAUACUGUAUGUGAUAGUCCUAAACUUUGGUCUUUAGAAGUGCUACUUUUUUUCUUUUUUUGUAAAAUGAAAUAACAGCGAGAGGAAUGAACAAAAAUACGUGUACAGAUGUGAAUAAGCUGCUGGAAGAAAUAAGCAUUGCUAACUGCUGUGUCCAAGACUGUGUCAGUAUCUAGAUUGUACUAUUUUCUUCUUUCAUCUUAGAAGUGGUGGGCAGAGAAAUGGGAAGCUGCAUGGGACUCGCAAAAAUACACAAAAUGACAUACAGCAGCCCCCAGGAUGCAGAGCACUGUUUGCUCAUUCCCCCGGGAGUGUGUUUCUAUGUGUGUGUGUGUGUGUGCAUGUGUGUUUGAAGAAGGCUGAUUGAUGCCGGAGUGAGUCAGGAGGGAUCUGUAGGCCGAGUUCAGACUCCAGCCAAAUCCUAGUUCAAAUGCAAUGAGAUUCAACACAGGAAUCAGUAAUUGAUUUGUUGUCGCUGUUCACCAGUUCAUGAUAAAUGACUUUACCCAGUUGUGUAGGACCGCGGUUGGUAUUAUGGCAGCUAAGAUUUAUGGAAUCAAUCACUUGCUUUAUUUAUGACUCCAAAAAUCAGCUUUCUUCUUGGUACAACUUACUAAAGCCUGAGUUUCACGCAGGUAUAUCAGCAAUAUUUACGGAUAUUUUUCCUUCGCCUAUCGCCUCACUUCAACAUAGUUUGAACGAAAGUUUGGGCUAAAACCAUGUGACUCAGUGCGUACCGAAGCAUAUUCCACAAAAAGCAGAUACACAUCACAACUUUGAGUGUGUUAUGAUCCAUAUCGCAUUUAAUCCCCCACUCUCGCACAAACCCGACAUCAAAGUCUAAGCUAAUAGAGCUGAAAUAUCAUAAAGGUCAUUUUUGAGAUUACCUUUGUGCUUGGAUGCUUCUGGAGCCCCAAUGCCCUGAAGAAUGUUAUACCCAGAAAACUGCUUCUCUGCAAAGAAAAAAAUGAAACUGUGAUUUGCUAUAUGCAGUAUCUGGUUUUUGGUACCAUUUUUGUUUUGUUAUUAUUAUUUGGUUCUGUGCUCUAUGUCUCCUGUGUUUAGAAGAUUUCACUGCUGCCACCAUGAUAGAAACAAAAAAAAAGGCGAAUUUAGGAUGUUUUUGUGGGUGUUUGGAUCGUAAGAAGCUUACAAAGUAGGACAGAGGACAAAACUGCUGUGAGGUGUAUGUGUGAACGAGCUGUUAAAAUGUUAUUCCUAUGCCUAAAAAUUGCUCUUCAACAUGUAAGAAACAUCUGUAUUGCAAAGCACACAAGGUAAUUAAAAGUUGGAAAUAUUCUGA